AUGGGAUUUGUGAUUAAAGGAUGCCAUCCUCCCCAGCUGGGAUGGGGCCCUCUGGCUGAGUUUCUCCACCUCUUGCAGGGUGAGCUGGGCCCCUUUAACCCGGGGCUGCCUGUGGAGGUGCCUCUCUGGCUGGCCCUCAACCUGAAACAGAGGCAGAAGUGCCGGCUGGUGCCCCCCGACUGGAUGGACGUGGAAAAGUUGGAGCAAACGCGAGAUCAGGAACGCAAAGAGGACACUUUCACCCCAAUGCCUAACCCUUUUUACAUGGAAUUAACAAAGUUGCUGCUGAACUAUGCUGCAGAUAAUAUUCCAAAGGCUGAUGAGAUAAGAACUUUGGUUAAGGAUAUCUGGGACACCCGAAUAGCGAAACUUCGUGUAUCUGCAGAUAGUUUUGUCAGACAACAAGAAGCUCAUGCCAGGCUGGACAAUCUGACUCUGAUGGAGAUCAGCACCACCGGGGCUUUCCUCACCCAAGCUUUGGAUCACAUGUACAAGUUGCGAUCAAACCUCCAGGUAGGAGCGAAUGUCGAGUCCCAGGAAUUUUGACAGCAGGGGAUUUUCGUGACCAGAACGGUUCCUUCCAGCCUUUACCUCUCUGGCAUUCACUGGUUUCAGAGCAGAACUCUACGCUGUGACCGAUUGUGAUGAAACGCUCUUCACAGCAUUUGCUUGUGGGGGGAAGCAAUUGGUCUGCUGAACAAUUAUCAGCCUGGUACCUCUGCCAGCGCUACCACAGUCCUGGCAUUGUCUUUGGCGGGUGAGGACAACGCUGACUCUCCUUGGCAAGCAGGCUCUUGCCCCACACACUCCCCAAGUGCUUGCAGGAGUGCCCUUUUCAAGAUGCAUCCGUGUAGCUAGUCAAGGUCGCCUGCCUUUUGUGAUAGCUUGGAAGGAGGAAACAAGUUGAAUUCCAUUUCUGAUGGAUGCUGUUCUUUCAAAGCCAAUACCUUCUGAUCUUUAUGGAAAAGGAGAUUGUUUUAGUCUUCCGACUGCAUAGUUCUGGGUGGCCUGCCAGGGGAAGCGACUUACUCCUUUUGCCUGGCAACUCAGCUUUACAUCCAACACUGGAUUCACCGCAGUGUUACUCACUGAAAUCUACCUGUCCGUCACCUUCGGAUAGAAAGAAAUUCCCCUCCACCCCCGAAAGCCGUGAAUGUGAUCACUGACGUAUGGCGCCUUUUUGUGUGUGUGUCUGCCAAAAGAGAAAGAAUAGCUUUAUGAAGAAACGAAGCCACAAACCCCAGAGAGUUUGGCUUCGGUUCCAUUCUUCUUUUAAUGCUUGCUUGCUUGCUUUGGAGACUGACUAAACCAGCUGUUUGCAAGUAGCCAGAUUCUAACUGUAUUAAUCAUAUAAGCAUUUUUACUGUUAGUCAUAAUAACACAUGUUGUUAGCCAUCAAUUUUUAAAUAUUUGUAGACAGCACUUCACAAUGCGGGGGCGCUACAGGGAUUUGCUGUAGUGUUUUAUUAGGUAAUGAUCAAAUAAAUAUUUUAAAAAGCAGUACAUUGCUACGGUUGUAACUCUCUGACCUCUACUGCGGGUUACGCCUCAGAACAUUUUGCAUUCAGAAGAGGGUUCACAAGAAAAUGAGUGUUGUGUAACACACGGUGGCUUGUCCCUGUUUAUGAAAAAGCUUAUAUAAAGAACUGGAGGGUUAAAUAUUUGUUAAGUGGAACUUCAGUGUAAGUUGUUACCUUUUGCUGCAUGUAGAUCUUUAAUUACUUUCAAGUUUCAACACUGGUAUUAGAGUUUCAAUAAAUCUUAUUCAUAAAUCUUAUUUCAAUGAAUCUUAUUCAGCAAAUUAGUGCUUUUACAUUAGAUUAUGUUUUUUUUUUGCAGGUGAAUCUAAUAUGUACUAAAACAACAUAUAUCUUUAACCUAAGUGCUCUUAAGUCUGAGCCCCUAUUAACUUUUGAUGAGGAAUCAAAGCUUCAAAUAUUAAAGCAAUUGUUAUGCUUUUUCCGAUAUACCUUUCUUUUCAAUACACUUGUAUGUUUUCCUACACAUAUGUUAUCUUGGGGCCUGUUUGAAAACCAGCUUGACUGGAUGCUGGUGGGGGAUUCCUAUCCUAAUUUAAUCCAGAUGUUGUGAACAUGUUUCUUCCUUCAGUGGUUUUGAGGCACCCCAGAGUAAAUUGUGAAGCUGCUAGAUGACUGGCUCUCUCUUGUCCAAGGCCCCACUUCUAAUACAAGGGGCUGAUGGAGCUUCUAUUUAAGGGUGGGUGGGUGGGUGGGUGGUCUGGGAAAAUAAUCCUUUGUCAUGAUUUAGGAACAUUUUAUUACUUUUUUUUUUUUGGAUGUCGUCAGAAAUUACAGCCAUAUAUUCAUAAAUACCUAAUAACUACAUUCAACAAAUAUAUUACAUUACAUUUAAGUCAAAACAAGUACACUUAAAACAUGUUGAAUCUGUUUCACAGCAUCUACUGCCCCAGCCUGGGCCUUGGCCCUCCUCCUCUUCCUCCUCCUCCUCCUCCCCUCAAGCUCUGUGCUUUUUUUUUUUUUUUUUUUGCAGAAGAAAUCCUACACAUGACACCAAACGACGGUCCAAGGGAGAUCAAAUGAGUUCUUUUAAAAAAAUAAUAAUAAUUGUAAGCAUCGGGCCAGGACAUUUAUGGGAGGCUUUGGAUGGGGGGUGGGCGGAGAACAAGAGCAACUAUCACAAUGAUGGGGAGAAGGAAAGGAAAAACAUUUGCAAAGAUGGAUUGGUCCAAAGUGGGCUAUUGUUUCUUCCCCCCCACCCCCUCAAUGUUAGCACCUUUUUAAUCUCUGUUUUUAUCUGUUCGGCAUCGUGGGUGAGAAAGUAUUUCAAACAUCCCCGGGCCUAUUUUAGGAAAAUGGUGGCUUUCUCGCCAGCUUCUGCAGCUUACAUUGGCCUCCAACCAAGCUUGACUAAGUGCACAUUCGUUCUUUUAAUACAUGGAAAUCAAGCCAGUUGGCUCUCCUGCAGGUGCUUAAAAAGCACAUGUCGGCCAGGCUCGGGGAAAACCAAAGCCACAUGACGCAAAAUAUAGCCGACAUCCUAUUUAUUGGAGAAGGGGGAAAUAGUGCAAUUAUGCAUAGAAGGAUGAUUGCAACAGCUUGGGUCCACAUUGCCUCCCCUGCCCGCCCUUUCGCCUCCUCCGCUGUUCCUUAUCAGGGAAAAACCUUGCAGAAAACAGAAAAGGAAAACGCGCGAUCACUAUCUUUUGGCGGAUGUUGCUCCCGUAGCGGAUAAGCAGGAUGUGGAAAUAUUUGCUCUGCCAAACCGCCUCUUUGUGAUCUUAAAAGGUGGGACGGUGGCAUUCGUUACGGAGUCAGAAACGGUGAGAGUGCCGGUUUUCCCACGUGGCUGUCUUUUAAGGGCAGCCUUUGCUACUCUUGUCUUACUGCCCCCUUAAAUGUAUUGGCUGUCUUAAUUUUGCCUUCUUCCAAGGCUGGCUUUUGUAAGUCCAUCAUCACAAAAAGGCCUAAGUCCUGAACAUAUUGCGGUUUCUUAAGUUGAAUCCUUUUCAGCAGCCUUGGGACCAGGGCAUAAAAACCCCGUCCAAGUUUUGCUUUUUGGUAACAUCUGCAGGAUGUCAUCAUGACGUUUAAAAAAAAAGGCUUUCCCCCCCUCCCUUUGUUGAAGGCAAACCUCCAAGUGUCAUUAGAGGCAGAAAAAGGAAAUAACUUGAACGUCUUUUCAUGAUUUCCGUUCCUUUUUUUCUCAUGCUUCAUGAAAGCUGAUUGUCUGAGGUGAUUCGCACAGGGGGAUAUUCAGACCUGGGCCAAUUUACAUACUCAGGUAAAUAAAUCAAGAGUAUUUGGCCACAACUAAGAGCAAGAUCUUUUUUUAAAAAAAAAUAGGCCACUAAAUUUGCUCUUUAAUGUCCCUUGUCACACAGUUUCUUCUGAAAAAUGGCAAGGACUUUGGUAUUAAGAGUUGCAUAGAAUUGGGAAGCGUCCAGGCAAGGCUGGGGACACUUAGAUGAAGCAGCUGCCCUGGCUGAAUUUAUCUUUAUAAGCAGCCACAAAAACCAUUGGGUUCUCUUUCCCUGUAAGUAUUCCUACAGUCCUGUAAGAGUGCUUUUUCCAUUUGCAGUUCCUUCGUUUUUAUUUUUUUUUCUUUCAAUAGCGCUAUAAACACAACAUUGCACAUCAGCCAAUAAAGGAUAAGACAUGAUGAAAAAUAAAUAAAAAGAAUCUGG